GGGCAUCAAACCUUCGCUUGGCUUCACAUCACCAGCCUCCUCCUCACCUGCUUUUCUACGACAUUCCACCGUCUCUUUCUCUCUCUCUCGAUCGACUGAAUCGCGUCCCCAGUUCCUCGCGACGCGAAAAUGGCAGCAGCAUCAGGGAUGAUUAUGCAAAAUAUAUUUAUAGCAAAGCAAUACCAAAAGAAUAGCCAUUUUGUGAAUCAAUACCGAAUGGGCUGUUCUUCACCUUAUAUGAGCAGCAUGCUUCCCUUUCAAGGAGGGAAGUUUGCAUGGGAUGGCACCACUUCCAUGCAAUUGGUCAACGUAUCAAAAUAUCAGAGAACUUCUGUAAACCGAGGACUUGUACUCUGCAACGCUGCUCCAUCUGCUGCAGUACCAACUUUAGAGAAAGCUGAUUUUUUGAAGCUUCAAAAUGGCAGUGAUAUUCGAGGCGUGGCUGUUGCUGGUGUGGAAGGAGAGCCUGUUAAUCUGACUGAACCAGUCACCGAGGCAAUUGCAGCUGCUUUUGCUGCAUGGCUGAAGGAUAAGAAGAAAGAGGAGGCAUCAAGACAUUUGAGUAUUUCCAUUGGCCAUGAUUCACGAAUCUCUGCACAGACUUUGCAGGAUGCAGUUUCUCGAGGAAUUUCCAGUGUGGGAGUGGAUGUCAUUCAGUAUGGGCUAGCAUCUACACCAGCAAUGUUUAACAGCACGCUCACUGAAGAUGAUGUGUUUCUAUGUCCAGUUGAUGGAUCCAUCAUGAUUACAGCUAGUCAUCUUCCUUACAAUCGCAACGGGUUCAAAUUCUUUACAAGUGCUGGAGGGCUUGGGAAAGCUGACAUUAAAGACAUCUUAGAGCUCGCUGCAGAUAUAUUUAAGAACAGUAGUGUUGAAGCUUAUGCAAGAAAUAAAGCUUCUGCAUCAGUCAAAAGAGUUGACUACAUGACUGUUUAUACAUCUAACCUUGUUAAGGCAGUGCGCAGAGCUGCAGGAAAUAUAGAGAAGCCAUUGGAGGGGUUUCAUAUUGUGGUUGAUGCUGGAAAUGGUGCAGGAGGUUUCUUUGCUGCAAAGGUGCUUGAACCUCUUGGGGCAAUUACUUCUGGUAGUCAGUUUUUGGAGCCAGAUGGUUUGUUUCCGAACCAUAUUCCAAAUCCAGAGGAUAAGGUAGCCAUGAAAGCUAUUACUCAGGCUGUCCUGGAUAACGAGGCUGAUUUGGGGAUAAUUUUUGACACAGACGUAGACAGAUCUGCUGCCGUGGAUUCCGCUGGUCGGGAGUUCAACCGGAAUCGUCUGAUUGCAUUAAUGUCUGCCAUUGUUCUUGAAGAACAUCCGGGAACUACAAUAGUGACAGACAGUGUUACUUCUGAUGGAUUGUCAACUUUCAUCGAGAAGAAACUUGGGGGAAAGCACCGUAGGUUCAAAAGAGGCUACAAAAAUGUCAUUGAUGAAGCUAUACGCCUGAACUCUACUGGUGAGGAGUCUCAUCUGGCUAUCGAGACCAGUGGUCAUGGAGCUCUCAAGGAGAAUCAUUGGCUCGAUGAUGGGGCGUACCUCAUGGUCAAAGUUCUCAACAAACUUGCUUCAGCUCGAGCUUCAGGAGCAGGUGGCGGCAGCAGAGUCUUGACAGAUCUGGUAGAGGGUCUAGAAGAAGCAGCCGUUGCUGUAGAAUUGAGGUUGAAGAUCAACCAGAGUCAUUCAGACUUAAAGGGAGGAUCUUUCCGAGACUAUGGAGAGGCAGUGUUGAAGCACUUGGAGAACUCUAUUGAUUUAGACCCAAAGCUUCGGAAAGCUCCAGUAAAUUAUGAAGGGGUCCGGGUGUCUGGGUUCGGAGGAUGGUUCCUUCUUAGGCUCUCGCUCCAUGAUCCUGUUCUUCCUCUUAACAUUGAGGCACCAACUCACAAUGAUGCCGUAAAACUGGGACUCGCUGUGGUUGCGGUUGUUAAGGAGUUUGCGGCUUUGGAUACAUCCGCAUUAGACAAGUUUGUUCAAGUAUCAUGAGAUGAUGGUGCGGAGCGCGUUGGUACAAGUAUCUUUCAGCACAUCAUACUGGCAGUUUAAGUCGGCUUUGGCAUCCACUUCUGUACAGUUAGUCAAAUUAGUGCGUUGUCUCUGAUUCUGAGGAUGGUUCAUUUUUCUGAGGGUUUUGGUUACAGGUACUCCAAGUACUAGUCAGAUGGCCAUGUUACAUUAGUAUUUACUUAUGUUCUAUGUGUUAUGCUACGGAGAUGUUCUGAUAAAUAAGAAACGUUUUUCAACAGAUUUGUCAGAGGUAUGUUAUUUUUCUUGGAGGAGUGAUGCAACUUUGUUAGAGCUUUUUA